AUGCUCGAUGACAAAGAGAAGAGACAUAUAUUCAACGUCUGCUUAUAUGCACCAUACGAAGCUGAGGGCGAUGUGCAGGAGGGACGUAGAGGGCUUUACGUCAUGCAUGAAAAGCUAGAUUUUUCAAGGACUAUUAUAGGCGAGGAGCAUGCAGAAGCUGGCAGUAUGGCAAUCUCAGUCUGUGGCUCACCCACUUUCGAGAACGCUCUUCGAAAAGCAGUCAUCAAAAGCAAAGACGAAAUAUAUUUCACAAACGUUGGGAUCCACGCUAGUGAUACCGAUUUAAGUACGGAAUUCGAGGAUAGGUUCACAGAGGGAGUAUAUAAUUCGCAAGACAUUGAAUUGAAAGUAAGGCAGAGGGGUACAAGGCCAGUGGCCUCUGGUCCUGCACGGGCUCCCAAGGAGCAACGACGACGCGAAAAGGCAGAACGCGCCCAAAAGGAAGCAGAACGAAAACGCGAUGAUGCCGAAGAACAGACCCAAAAGACAACACUUCCGGAAUACCUCCACACCUGUCACACCCAUCUCUCCUUAGGAUUCACAGUACAAACUGAUGCAUCACGUUCCACUCAAGGCGAUCCAAGCAAUGCCCAGCGUAAAUUACGACCACGUCACCUUCGGCCUUGGGCUGAAUUCGAGGAGCAGCAGAGCUCCAUUUGGACCACGUUAUGCGAUUCGAUUUUCUUGCAGACGCGUCAAUAUACCUGCCUAUGA